AAAAAAAGAGAGAUGAAAAUCAAACAAAAAUUUGCAGUUCAACUUAUAAUGGUUUCCAUGAAAGAAAUCAAGAGCCACUCCUAAUUGAGAAGGAGAGAGGCCUCACUUACAUCUAUUACAUUACCUGUGGGUCUGUCUGUCUGGGUUAAAAAAGAAAAGAAAAAGAGGGAAACUUUUGAGAGACGACAAUAGGGAGGGGAGAGAUUAGAGAUGCUGUUUCCCUUCUCUCUCAGUGUAGCGUAGUAUUCAGAACCCAGCCUUUUCAGCAGUACUUGGUUGCUACAUCCCUCUACCCUACACUUGAUUAUUUAAGCUGUCACCAUCUUGCGAGAAGGGUAUUAUUGACGGUGAAACGAGUGUACUUUUUGUCUGCUUCUCUCCGCAGUUGCUUUACUACCCUGCAUUCCCCAGUUUUGUCUUCAAUUCAGAUUUACCCCUCAUUCUCUCCCUGAACUGUUGAUUGAUUUCUUGCUGGAACGCAUCAAAAAUUGACUCUACCCAGGUCGAAAUCAGCCUUUACAAGCAUAUUUUGAUGCGUCUCCAAGAUGGGGUUUUGGGUUGUUCACUGACAACUUGAGUUUGGGCUGCGAUAUCGAGGAUAAAGUGUUUGUAGAAAGGCUGGAGAGAGGGUUUCGAGUAGUGACGUUGAAAUUUUGGUGUCGAAAUGAGAGAUUUUCCAUCUUGUUUUGGGGAGAAUGGAGUUCAAGUGGCCGAUUCAUCGUCAUCAAGCGCUAGUAAAAAUGCACAGAAUCUGGUUACUUGUGUUUACCAGUGCCGCAUACGUGGCAAGUCUUGUUUGAUAACCAUUACAUGGAGCAAAAAUUUGAUGGGUCAAGGCCUAAGUGUAGGGAUCGAUGAUUCUGCCAAUCAAUGUAUGUGUAAGGUUGAUAUAAAGCCCUGGUUGUUCUCCAAAAGAAAAGGGUCCAAGAGUUUAGAAGCAUACUCCUGUAAAAUUGACAUAUAUUGGGACCUCUCAAAUGCCAAAUUUGGUUCUGGGCCUGAACCUUUGGAGGGAUUUUAUGUUGCUGUUGUUGUGGACAGGCAAAUGAUUCUCCUUCUUGGAGAUAAGAGGAGAGAGGCUUUCAGGAAGACCAGUGCCACUCAAGUUCCGGGAAUUGCUGUUUUGGUUGCCAAGAGAGAGCAUAUAUUUAGCAAGAAGGUCCUCAGUACUAAGGCACGAUUUCGCGAUAAUGGGCAACUUCAUGAUAUUGUAAUUGAAUGUGACACAAUUGGUGUUAAUGAUCCUUGCUUAGUAAUUCGCAUGGACUGCAAGACUGUUAUGUUGGUGAAGCGGCUUUGUUGGAAGUUCCGUGGGAACCAUACCAUUUUGGUUGAUGGGAUGCCAGUAGAAGUUUUCUGGGAUGUGUAUAAUUGGCUCUUUGGGACACCACUCAGAGGAGCUGUCUUUAUGUUCAAGACAUGCCUCUCAGCAGAGAAGAUGUGGACUAGUGAGCCCCUUUUGGAUCCAAAUGCCUUGCCAUGGUCAUUCUCUCAGAGAUUCGUUGAUUCCAAACAGCAAAAUCUUGGUUUUUCGCUGAUUUUAUAUGCUUGGAAGAAUGAAUAGAAAGAACUCAGAAAUACUUCUCUAAGUGCUAACACAAACCUUGUAGUGAGUUGUGAGUUUUAUAAACUAUGUGAUCGAUUAUACUCUUAUUCAAUUGAAAUUCGCCCUUUUUAGUUUACUGAAAGCUUCCCCCUCCUUUUACUUCCACUUGAGGAAAUUGAUAGCUUGAACAUUGGAGAGUUUUUUUCGUCUCUAGUUGGCUGUAAAUUCUAUAUAUAGGCUUUGAUUAUUGUCAUUUCUACUUUUUCA